AUGGCAACUGAAAUUAUCAAAGCAGUCAUAUAUAAUGAUGCAGAAAAAAUACAGCAAUUCAUAACCAAUGAAGAAGGCGAGAUUAAUGGUGAAUUAUUGGAUAUUAGAGAUGAUGAAGGCAAAUCUCCAUUAGAUAUAGCAUGUAUGUUAGGUAAAGUUGACGUCAUUGAAGGCUUAAUAGCAAAUGGAGCAAAUAUGGAUAGCAUAUCGAGCCAAGGCAAUACUGCUAUGCAUAGAGCUGCAUCAUGGGGAAGGAUUGAAUGUCUAAAAAUCUUAGCCGAAAAGGGUGCAAACUUACAUUUAAAAAACCUGAAAGGAGAAUGCCCGCGUGAUAUAGCUAGACGUUAUGGACAUAGUGCGUGCUACGACUACUUAGUACGAGCAGCCAUACGAAGAAAUUAUAAGUACAAAAUGCUAGCGUAUAAUGAAACCCUAACAGAUCAUGACCUAAUCGCUGGAAAACUUAAUAAAGACGAUAGGAUACAAGCGGCAGCGUUAUUUAAAACAUUAACGGAAUGGUACGAGAGCAAUACAGAUCCUAUAAUUGCCGAAGUGCAGGAACAAACGAAAGUAUUGCUGGAAGGCGUACUUCCAUUUAUACGAAAACUAAUACCUGAGAAAGUAAAUAAGGAAUUACUGCAAGAAAUCAAGCAAUACGAGGAAGAUAGAGUUGCAGAACAAGUUUCUCAACAAUCUUAG